AAGCCUCUCCCAAGUGGCAAAACUAGCAUCACACGUAAAGCACAAGACACGAUACAAUGACGACGGCUCAGAAGAUUAAGGACAUUGAGGAGGAGAUGGCGCGUACGCAGCGCAACAAGGCGACCGAGUACCACCUGGGACAGCUCAAGGCAAAGCUUGCCAAGUUGCGUCGUGAGCUCAUUACGCCAUCUGGCGGCGGCGGCGGUGGCCCGGGUAUCGGCUUCGACGUAGCGCGAACGGGACAAGCAACAAUUGGUUUCGUGGGCUUUCCGUCGGUCGGGAAAUCGACCCUCAUGUCCAAGCUCACGGGCACUCACUCGGAGGCGGCGUCGUACGAGUUCACGACGCUCACUACUGUGCCGGGCACAAUGACGUACAACGGUGCGCGGCUGCAGGUGCUCGACCUGCCCGGUAUUAUCCAGGGUGCAAAGGACGGCAAGGGCCGUGGUAAGCAGGUCAUUGCCGUCGCGCGGACAUGCAACCUCAUCUUCAUCGUGCUCGAUGUGCUCAAGCCACUCAACGACCUCAAGGUGCUAGUGGACGAACUCGAGGGCUUUGGCAUCCGACUCAACAAGAAGCCCCCCAACAUCACCGUUAAGCGGAAGGAGACGGGUGGUAUCCAGAUCACCAACACCGUUCCGCUCACCAAGGUCGACGCCCAGGAGAUCCGCGCCGUCUUGUCUGAAUACCGUAUGACGUCGUGCCAGGUCAUGAUUCACGAGCCCGACUGCACCAUUGAGGACUUCAUCGACGUAGUUGAGGGCAAUCGCAUGUACGUUCCCUGCCUUUUCGUCCUCAACAAGAUCGACGCAAUCUCAAUCGAGGAGCUGGACCUCUUGUACAAGAUUCCCAACUCGGUGCCCAUCUCCUCCAAGAACUGGCUCAACAUCGACGAGCUCCUCGAGGUCAUGUGGGAGAAGCUCGACCUCGUCCGCGUGUACACCAAGCCCAAAGGCAAGGUGCCCGACUACGAGACGCCCGUUGUUCUCCGUCGAGGCCGCUGCACCGUCUCCAACUUCUGUGACGCUAUCCACAAGGAGAUCAAGCGGCAAUUCAAAUACGCCAUUGUGUACGGCACCAGCGCCAAGCACUCGCGUGGGCAGAAGGUCGGAUUGGACCACGUGCUUGAGGACCAGGAUGUCAUCACGCUGUUCAAGAAGUAGAUGUUGACGAUGCACAUUGUAUUCAUAC